AUGUUUAUUCGUUUCAAGGCCUGUGAAGUGGUCGGUCAGAUCAACAGUCAGGGUAACAGUCAGAUCAACAGUCAGAUCAACAGUCAGGGUAACAGUCAGAUCAACAGUCAGAUCAACAGUCAGGGUAACAAUCAGAUCAACAGUCAGGGUAACAGUCAGAUCAACAGUCAGGGUAACAGUCAGAUCAACAGUCAGGGUAACAGUCAGAUCAACAGUCAGGGUAACAGUCAGAUCAACAGUCAGGGUAACAGUCAGAUCAACAGUCAGAUUAACAGUCAGGGUAACAGUCAGGGUAACAGUCAGAUCAACAGUCAGGGUAACAGUCAGAUCAACAGUAACAGUCAGAUCAACAGUCAGAUCAACAGUCAGAUCAACAGUCAGGGUAACAGUCAGAUCAACAGUCAGAUCAACAGUCAGGGUAACAGUCAGAUCAACAGUCAGAUCAACAGUCAGGGUAACAGUCAGGGUAACAGUCAGAUCAACAGUCAGGGUAACAGUCAGAUCAACAGUCAGAUCAACAGUCAGGGUAACAGUCAGGGUAACAGUCAGAUCAACAGUCAGGGUAACAGUCAGAUCAACAGUCAGGGUAACAGUCAGAUCAACAGUCAGAUCAACAGUCAGAUCAACAGUCAGAUCAACAGUCAGGGUAACAGUCAGAUCAACAGUCAGAUCAACAGUCAGGGUAACAGUCAGAUCAACAGACAGAUCAACAGUCAGAUCAACAGUCAGAUCAACAGUCAGGGUAACAGUCAGAUCAAAAGUCAGAUCAACAGUCAGGGUAACAGUCAGAUCAACAGUCAGAUCAACAGUCAGAUCAACAGUCAGGGUAACAGUCAGAUCAACAGUCAGAUCAACAGUCAGGGUAACAGUCAGAUCAACAGUCAGGGUAACAGCCAGAUCAACAGUCAGAUCAACAGUCAGAUCAACAGUCAGAUCAACAGUCAGGCGAAGAGCCCGGAUCUAAAUCCCAUUGAGCACGUCUGGGACCUGUUGUAUCGGAGGGUGCAGACUCCGGACGCAAAACCUAAACCCAUAGAGGAGGACCUGGGUGGGCAUCUGUCCGCGGUGGUGGCUCUGGCGCGGGACGUGGACCCCACUCCACCAUAG